AUGACGUCCACGAUGCCCAUCGCCACCGUCGUUCCACGCCCACAAGAAGGCGAUCUUCACUCUGUCUUCCGAGUUGGGGACCAGGUCUCCUACUGGUCCCGUUCUGCCGGCAAGUGGCUUGCAGCGACUGUGCAGGGACACAACUGCAUCCAGUCGGCCAGCGGACAUGCUCCGAAUCUGUGGAGCUAUAGACUGGAUGUUCAACCGCUGGCACCGCCCUCCUUGGUGGCGCCGCGACAGGAGGCGUCGCCUCCACGUGCGCACGGCUAUCCCUGCAUGCAAGCUGCUGUGCUGCGGCAGAAGCAAGUUUCAGUGUUGGGGCCGGCAGGGCCGGCAGCACCUGCAGCGCCCCGCCAAGCCCCACAGUUGCCUCAACCAGAUCAGGCACCACAGGCCACGCCGGCUCAAACGGCAAGACCCGUUCUCCUGCAACCUCGUCCUGGGGAGCAGCCUACGCCAGCUCAGGCGACCAGGUCCCUAGUCGUCCCGGUUUCUCAGCAUCCAUUCCAUUCAGGGCCGCCGCAGACGCCACAGCACCCAGCAAGCCGGCUGGUGCAGCCCAUGGGACCUUCUGCGACGCCACAAGCCCCAGCCACCCCGGCCCUUCCUCCAAGAGCCGCGCAGACGCAGCCGCCUUUGAUGCCUCUGCCGCAGCUCGAAAAGGGCGCCCCUCCAGCCCUGACACCCAUUUGCCCACCGCCCGCAGUGGAGACGAGCCAGCAACAGCUGUCGCGCCACGCCUCUGCACCACUGCUUCCGGCCCCUGCCGGCGGCGCCGUGGCGUCCCCGACGCCGGAGACGUCGCGGGCCGUCGGCACGCCGCUGGUCUGCGCUGUGCCCGCCUCCGCUCGCUACGAGACGAUGCAUGUCACCACUCGGCUGUCACGGGUGUCAUUGACGGACUCGGUGUCGGGAAUACGGACUCCCGUUUCGGCAAGGUCCUUCGGCACGCCACCGGCCGGAGGCGUGCGCUCACCAAGGACUCCCCUGACGGCACGAUCUGCGAAGAUCGCCUCGCCUAUGUCCCGGCGUGUGGAAGAGCCGCAGACGCCAGAGCCGAACCCGCGUUACCUGGCGCCAGCGACGCCCUUGCGCGCCUUUGCCAUUGCAGCAGAGGAGGGCCAGGGAGGACCCUGCGCCGGCGAGGCCUCCCCGCAGAAGCCGCCUAUCAAGGUCUUCAGCGAGCGUUUGCUGCGAAAAGAGGACACCAUGCCCCCGAUGCCCACCGGGGCCGCCCCAGUUGUCAUCACACUGCCCGCACGCGAGUCGAAGAAGGCAAAGAACCCGGUGCCCGCACGGGCCACGGUCCCCAUGCAGGGCUGCUGCAGCGCGAGCGGGAGCGGGCCCACGUCGCCCAUCCUCUCCGCGCAGCGGGCGCCGCUGUCGCCAAGCUCCGGGGUUCGGGCAGCGAUCAUCCCCGGCCGCGCCAUCGCCGUGCGGCCCCCGCCCUCCACCCCGCCGAGGGAGCACCGCAAGGUCGCUCUUUGGCCAGUUAGCGGCAGCUCCCGGCCCGUCUCGCUCCUGAGGGGUGCUGGACCUGCCCUGGUGCGGCCCCUGGACGACCCCAGAAGCUCCGUGGGCGCUGUUCUUCGAAGCCCAAAGGAAGGCGACGUGGCGAGGCCAGCGUCGCCAGAGAGGCUCUCCCCACCGGCGAUGCCGUCCUUGUCGGCACCCCUGGUUCGACCGGCCUCGCCAAACAGGCUUUCGCCAGCCGCAACCGCACGCAUGCCGUUGAUGAACCCGUGCCCGUCAAUGCCGCGUCUCGCCUCCCAGACGUCCCUGACCAGUUUCUAUUCCGACCGCGGCGACCUGCAAAGAAGGCCGGGUACUGUGCGAGUGCCUGCGUCCUCGGCUUUGCUUCAGCGCGGCGUGCCACCGGACAGGUGGGGCAUCAGCCUCGACCAGCUCUGUGAGAUAGAAAACGAGAAGCACUUCGCGGCCGAACACACGACCCGGGAGGUUGUGCAACAUGUGCUCUGGCCCAUGACGAUCGGCAAGGGCAUUGCUGCCACCGAAAUAGACAGGAUCCCCCCCAGCCGACCUCACUUGUGUUUCAAGAUGAUGCUCAUGCAGAAGCAGAACACCAACAGCUCUUGCUCAACCCCGUCCGACGUGCGCAAGCAAUCCUGGGCAGAGCUUUCAGAGGAUCUGCUGACAGACAGUGAACCCGGCAAUUGGGCGGAGGACUACUCAUCGCAAUCAUCUCCCACGCCGGUGGCAGCGCCCGAGCCCGAGGAGUUUCAGGCAAAGAGCGUGAUUGACAUUUCCGGCCUCCCGAAAGCACUUUGCAACAACAGCUGCGUGGAGGCAAUGCUCGAGCAAGCCGGCUUGGCGAACGUGGUUUCAAGCUUCCAGACCGAUGAGGUCGGUGCCGUGCGAGUCUUCCUCGCGAGCUGGCCAGCAGCCAUGCACUGCUUCGAACACUUCAAGAAGAGCUGCUGGUCCGGGACCCGCUCCAGAUUUCGAUGGGCGCAGCAGGAGAUGUUCUACAACGGCGGCGAUAACUCUUAUUUCUGCGCAGCUCCUCUCGUGAGUUAG